AUGCUUGACUACAGCUUUGAAGUAUUUAAGGUUGAAUCUGCAAGAACUGAGGUUGUAGAUUUCUUGGACUUAUGUCUGCUGCACCCGGAGACGCUGCGCCAAGCUCUCCCGGGCGGGGGCCGUAGCCCGGAGCCGGGCGGUCCGUCUCUGGAAGAAGUGCUGGGGAGCGCGGGGACGCUUCGCGAGAGCCUGCUUCCCGGUGCUCUGGCGCAAUAUGUUAGCUGCUUAGAACUGGUAAACAAAAGACUGCCUUGUGGCCUGGCUCAGAUUGGAGUGUGCUUUCACUCUCUUCCAGAAAGCAAACAGCACAAUGAAAACCUUACAAGAAUAGGCGAAAGGACCACGUCUUUGCUUGCAUGGUUUAGUUCUCCUAGAACUGCAGGACAGUGGCUUGAUUACUGGUUACGGAAGAGGCUCCAAUGGUGGAGAAAGUUUGCAGUUGGCCCAUCUAACUUCAGCAGCAGUGACUUUGAGGAUGAAGAAGGAAGAAGAGGAUUUAAUUUACAUUACAGCUUUCCUUGGGGGACAGAAACAAUAGAAACAUUGAAGAACCUUGGAGAUAGCGAACUAUUACAGAUGUAUCCAGGGGAUAGUACAAAAUUACUUGGCCGAGAUGGAAGGAAGAAUGUUAUUCCUCAUGUUCUGUCUGUGAGUGGAAAUCUGGACCGAGGAGUAUUAGCUUAUCUCUUUGACUCUCUACAGCUAGUGGAGAAUCCGUUUACAAAAAAGAAAAAUUCACAGAGAAAGGUACUUAAGCUUCAUCCUUGUUUAGCACCUGUUAAAGUGGCCUUGGAUAUAGGAAAAGGUCCAACCACGGAGCUGAGACAGGUUUGUCAAGGAUUGUUCAAUGAACUGUCAGAAAAUAGAAUUUCUGUAUGGCCGGGUUACCUUGAAACCAUGCAAGUAUCUCUGGAACAGCUUUAUACAAAGUACGAUGAGAUGAGCGUUCUCUUCAUGGUCUUGAUAACUGAUACCACUCUGGAGAACGGAGUGGUCCAGCUGAGAAGCAGAGACACUACCAUGAAGGAAAUGAUGCACAUUUCUAGGCUAAAGGACUUUUUAACUAAGUAUGUAACAUCAGCCAAAAAUGUAUAAACUUAAAUUUGUUGAAUAAAAGGAAUUUCUUAAACA